CCGACCCCGUCCGUCGGCAGCGACGAAGCCGUCGUCAUUUCUCACACGUCCCGCACCCACCAAACCCUGGCCACAUCUUGGGGUGUUGGAACAGACCUCGAGAACUCACGCCAUGUGUACCAACCAUGUCCAACUCCGAUUCCUCGAGACGAUGGACCGCUAUUGAAUUUCGGCAGCAUGGGUGCGGACCGGGUUGCUGGAAACGUCCGAGACACGGCCCGCCUCUUCCACGACUACGCCCUCCUCUACUCCAGGCUCGAACCGGGACGCCCGAUCUUGCUCAAGGCUUCCCCUUACCGCUUCCACCCGAGCUGGCUAGCGUUCGAGAGACAUGUUGACAGGCUCAACAUCACACUAGAGCCGAGGGGUAUGUUCCGCCCGGAGGUCGCAUAUCUCAUUUUUCCCGGCCCAUACUGGCGUUCGCCGUACUGGGUGAACGUCCUAGGGAAACACGACUGGCCGUGUGAGAAAGCCAGUGUGCGGGAAACGACACUUUAGUGUUUGACAUGGCAUUCAAACAAUAUAAUUGCUCUAAGUCAGCGAAUUUAUGCUAUUUACGAGACUAAUAGUUUAAUCCUUUGAAAGGGGUGAGUGGCACUGAUCUAAACCACGAAGAAAACCCCACACGAGUUGGAACCCCUGACAUCAGGGGUCAGUUCCACAUCUUCCUCUUGCAACGCCGAAACCAGUAUAUGUCCAGUUUGGCAGGUUCAUCUCUGCCUUGUAUUUUCAAGAUGAUCAAAUUGGAGUUGAAGCACGGGCUGCCCACUUGCAAGCGUCGACACCAACACGAAACGUCGCGGAGCUUGGCUGUGAUUUUGCCGUCUCCCAGCCGGGUAAUUGAUCCGUGAGGCCACUUGUUUCUUCACAACCCGGAACAUUUCCGCAUCGGUUCUCUCACUCACAG